AGACGCUGAUCGAGGCUGUUGGACGUCGCACGCGCUUCUCUUCCCCCCCCACGCCUGCCUGCCUACCUGCCUACCUGCCCGCCCCGGCUGGAACCGCGCUGCCUCUCGGAGCCCAUCGCCCGCCCACUCUGGCCAGCUCUUCUCUCGCUCCACAACGCCCGGCAGAGGCACCCGGUUGCCAGCUUCCUCCCGCCGCCGCCGCCGCCGCCUGCUUUACUCGGCCUCUCCUCGCCUUCCCCUCCCAACUCUCCGAAACCCCGCGCCCCGCCACCAUGUCUGAGAUCCUGCCCUACAACGACGAGAAAGUGGCCCGCUAUGGCACCGACUCGGAGGUGGGCGACAUCUCCUUCAGCUGCCGCCUCCAGGACACCAACUCCUGGGGCAACCAAUCCAAGCGGCCCCCCAAGUUAGGACAGAUCGGACGAGCCAAGCGAGUGGUCAUCGAAGACGAUCGAAUAGACGAGGUGCUGAAGGGCAUGGCCGGGAAGUCGCCGUCCGGGGUAUAAAGCGGGCACCGCAGCGCCUCUGCACCAGCUGCAGCGGAUUUCCCCCCGAAUUUUUUUAAAAAAAGCACUUUUGGCUGUGCAUGUUUGUUGGGAUUGUGGACAAACCAGAAAAGCACGGAAGAAGAUGAGGCUGCUGGCAACACCCUCCACCUCUCAACGCGACCCCAGCCCGAAGAAGGAACUGAUGGCGGGGGGGGGGGACACACCGUCAUCUCUAUCUCUCUCUCCCCCCUCCUCCGCCUUCCACGGAGCGCCGCGGGACGCCGAGACCUUGCCAUCCCAACGUUGUCCCCGUUGAGCCACACACACACGGGACGAUGAUGAUGCCCAAUCCCGGAGUUUAAAACGACCCUCCUAAGGAAGAAGCCUCCUGUUCCUGGGGUGGGGUGGGGAAGGACAGGCGGGCGGGCGCUGAAUGGCGCUCUUGCGCCUUUUGAAAGGAGCUGUCCAUUUCAGCACCGUUGGCGCCCCGCGCCGCUCGCGCCAACCCCGUUUCCUUAACGCGCCUGCAGAUGUGAGGGGGGGGCGCCGUUCGUUUCAAAGCCCCCCCAGCCCCGCUUGAAUGCACUGCCUGCGGAACCGUCCACCGCAGCGAUUUUGGGCUUAUAUUUUUUUGUCUUGUCCUUAGCAUCGUUUCCCUUUCUUCCUCCCCUCCCCCCUCACUGACACACACACACACAGAGACAGACAGACAGACACACUCUUCCGCUUCACAACAACAGCAGUUGGUGUCCCCUCCUGGUCUUGGGUGAACCCCCAUGCCACGAUAUGACGGUGCUGAGCCACAGGAUCGCCUAGUGCUCUUAAUUUUUAAAAAUAGAGGGGGGGGGCAAUGCACUUUAAGCCUUUCACUUUCUGGGGGUGGGGGUGGGGUGGCUGCAUAGCUGACAUCUUGCCUAGGCAUCGGUACCUACCCAGAUGACAAAUACCAGAUCCACACUGUACUCUCUUUAACUAUAAUCGGUUUCAUUGUGUUUGUAUAAUAAGUCCACACUGGUCAACCGCUUCAUUAGAGUUCAACUCCUUCAUCCCUUAUUCCCCCCACCCCUUGUAAAAAAUAAAUAAUAAUAAUUUAAAAUCUGUUUGCAAAAUACCAGCAGUUUGGAAGCAAACUCAAAAGCCAGCAGUGCUGAGUGGAAGAAGACAAAAAAAAAAAAAGAUUCUGAUAUGGAUGGACUAUAGUAUAAAAGACAGUGAUUAUUUUGCUGUCCAGAGACAUUUUUGCUCCAUCUUUUUUGCAUGAGCUUCCUGGUCUCGGUGCCACGUCUUGGUGCCACUGGUCAUCCCACUAUGGCACGCUUCUUUUUAACAGAAAACUCUUCAUAUUUGUAUUUUUAUAUCUGAAUAUUUGUUAACAACAAUCUGCUAAUGUCUAAUGUUAAAACGUUGCAUCAAAAGAUUGUUUGUAUUUUGUUUCCAUUAAAAGGAAAGGCAGACAAGAUUUAUAUGGUGGGUUUCUCAUAGGAAGGCAGAGAUAUUGAAAAAAGUUGGCUCCUUUAAUUAUAUCAGUAUUGAACAGGACUUACUGAAUGUGUUUUGCACUCAUUGUUGACAAGAAAUGUACUUAAUGAAUCUUAUACUGUGGUCAUGGCUUAGUUGAUGGGACUUUGACGAAUUUAGAAAAAAAUAAUAAUAACAUUGCACUGUUUAUGAAUGUGUCCAGAUAACUUGCUGGUUAUAUGAUGCCUCUUUCUUAAGAGGGGAAUAUUCAGAGCUGUUUUUAAUUUUGUACUUUAGUUUAAUUUAUUUUUUUUAAAGAAGCUUAUUGUCUGUUGUGCAUGGAAACAAAAAAAAGAUCUUUUCAAGAAUAUACAAUGACAUUUUAUGAAGACAAGCAAAAAAAUAAAAAAUAAAAAGACAAGAAAAAAAUGUCAUGACAUUCUAGGAAUGACCCAUUGUAAAUUUUAAUGCCAUUUUUCACUGUAUUGGUGAACAAAACUCAAUGAAUAAAUACAUACAUGUAUUAAAAUGGAA